CUCUCUGUGGGCGUGGAAUUUUAACCUCCGCUCGAUCUCAAUGAUUCUUGAAAUGAGUGUGGCCAAAACGCGUGUUGUACCUGCAACACGACCGAUGUUUACUAUGACAAUUCAUGUCCCGAAUCAGGUAAACAAGAUGGCUCUGAUUUACUGACUCAUCCACUUAAGGAUAGCCAGAGCCGAAACGUAUCGCAUAAAUACAGAAAGGAUUCCAACCAACUACCCAGAACUUUCCUCGAUCGCUCACCUCAACAAUGACCGAUAACUCAAUUUUCUCCUCCAAGACUACCAUCUGCACGCCGAACGACGAUACCCAAGGUCCUACCCAACGAGAGCGACUGGGUAUCUUCGAGAUUGCGUACGAGAAAGAGGGGUUCUUACCCUCUCACGACGCUAUCAUAUCGGUGGUAUACAGCAUCUCAGAACACGGCGUUUUUGCUCUUCGCCUCUUCAACGAUGUCUACUCCAUCGCGCCGACGACGUUCCUGCUCUACAUCACCGCGAAUCUAUGGUUGAGCCUCUCUCCGGCUGUGGCGAUUUGCCUCGUCAAAGUGGGACUCCACACCAUUGAGAUGUGGAUGACCUCCGGGUUUUCCAACUCAGAUACAAUGAUGGAAGACUUUAAAAAUCCUGUGCUGUAUUGGUUGGCGUCCGCCUCAGUGUCGGUCGUAGCUGCGCGUCUCAUCACAGGGAAUGAUCGUGCACUGGACUCGGCGACCAAGUUGCUUCUUUAUCCUCAGUUCGCUAAAACGAGCUUGGCUCUAGAUCUGAAUACUGCAACUGGUGGUAAUAGCUUUCCCAACCCCGGCGAGUUUCACCAAGCGUACUGCCAGGCGUGGGCAACCCUGAAGGCCAUUAUUCUUCGACUACGUGCUAUCAUAAGCGUUAUCCUUCAAGUCGUAGUUUUCAUUAUCCUCCUGGAUGAGUCCUUGCCCGUGGUAUUAAUCACGACGCUCGGUUCUUGCGUUCUGACUUUCCUUUUGCUCAAGCCCAUCAACGGUUUUGGAGGCGCGGGAUAUGUAUACUGGACGAAGAAUCCCCACUACGAUCGUUUGAUAGGGCUCCAUCAAAUGAUAUUCAAUCCUUGGGUCUAUCGCGACUCCAUGGUGAAGACCGUACCAGAAGGCUACAUAUACCAAGAAUACAAGAAAGAAAUCGAAUCUUUGGGUAUACAGAAAUACAGUGAGGCAGACUUCGCCUCGAUAAGCGUUCCCCCUCCAUGGUACUGGGAUCUUGCUAGCAUAAUUCUUGUUGACGGCUUUCCGGCAUUAUGUUCCGCUGUGUUAUUCUGGACUCCUCUGACGCCAUCUCUAUUGUCUGCAGGCAUGCUUCUUCAGGCAGCUUUCAGUAACCUGAGGAAGAGUUCCGAUUUGAUGGUACUAUGCUAUUCCAGUUCCUUCGUUGCUUUACUUCAGGAAGCGAAGUUAUGCUACCGAGAUCUGCAUAUCACUUCGACUAUGGCUACUGGAAAUUGCGAGUAUCCUGGUAGUGAGAAGCCUUCCAGCGAAGGGAUGAGCAUCUCUUUCCGGAAUGUUUCGUUUAUAUACCCUGGCAAUAAGCUAGCCCUCAAGGACGUAUCGUUCGAUAUUUCUCCCGGACAGCUUAUUGUUAUUGUCGGCAUCAACGGCAGUGGAAAGUCUAGCCUCUUGAACCUGUUGUCUCGUUUGAGAGAUCCUACUUCUGGGGAGAUACUCAUUGAUGGGAGACCGUUACAAGAUUAUGGGCUGGCUUCUCUCCGAUCGUCUAUCACUGUUCUCUCGCAGGGAGACGUUCUUUAUCCACUAUCCUAUGGCGAUAACUUUCUCAUGGCUCUCGGUAACUCUACCUCGGUUAUCCAGGGAAAUCAUCCUAUCCAGAUACUUGAAAAAGCAGCUACUAUGGGUGGAUCGUCUGCGAUUAUCCAUGAACAGAAGAACGGCUUUGAUUCCCUUUACACUCCCAGUAACGACGCAUUUGAACGCUCAUUUGACGUCUCUGUCUCUGGCUGUGGACACAGGUUUCCCUCGACGGCAACGAUACAAGUACAGAAACAGGAACAUCCCCCGCGGACGCCUACGAAGCUGUCAGGAGGCGAGACUCAACGAAUUCUUGCUUCCCGCGCGUGUAUGAAGCUAUUGAACGGAGGAAUUAAACUCCUAAUAGCUGACGAAGCAACUUCGGCAAUGGAUCCUGUUGCUGAACGUGAUUUAUUGAAUGGUUUCUUGGAGCAAGGUAAAGGCAUGACGAAGAUCUUUGUCACACACAGGUUCGCACAUCUCGUCAAGCGUGCUGAUCAGGUUUUGUGCUUGAAUGAAGGAAAGAUCGUAGAGCGUGGAACUCACGCCGAGCUAAUGGCUAUUGAAGGAGAGUAUGCUCAGAUGUAUAACGCGCAAGCAGAAGCGUACCAAUGAGCGCCCGGGAUAUAUGAUCUUUCCGGAUUUCUGAAGCUCUUCCCUUGAUUUUGGACUUGCUUUCUUGUGAUAGUCUUUGAAUCCUUAGUGCAAUGAUGUCUACGCUCGGUAUAUCUUCGGUCCUCUGUCAAUAAAACCGAAUAUGUUUUCAC